AUGCCCGAUCGCAGUUCCUCAGGCUUCCAGAGCCGUAAAUCUAAGCUUAGCUUCGUCGUUAUUGGGUCUUAUGUAUUCGACUGGUUAAUACUUAUAGUCGUCGGCAUCGUCGGCGUCAUUCUGGGCAAUGUUACUCCGAACAAGAGACCCUUCAGCUUACAAGAUCCUAAUAUAUCCUUUCCUUUCACCGUUCACGAGACCGUAAACUCCAAACUCCUGUUAAUCUGCAACGCCGUUAUUCCCGUCGCCGUUGUCCUAAUCGUCGUUUUUAUUUUCGUUCCGGGCCCUACCGUUCCCAAGGGCACUCCGAAGUCUUUAAUAUGGAAGCGAAAAUUAUGGGAAUUACAUACGGGAUGGCUAGGUCUGGCCCUCUCCCUCAUAUCGGCUUGGAUCAUCACACAGGGCAUGAAGAACCUAUUCGGAAAGCCGCGACCGGAUCUCCUAUCCAGAUGCCAACCGGAUUUCGAGCACGUCGCUAGAUAUAUCAUUGGGUUCCACACGCCUGCCGACGACGGUUCAUUAGACGGCCCAUAUAAUGGCCAGCUUGUUAGUGCAGAUAUCUGCAAGAACCCGGACCGUGCUCUACUUGACGACGGCUUUCGUAGUUAUCCUUCGGGACACUCCAGCUCUGCGGCUGCGGGUUUGAUUUACCUUUCGUUUUUCCUAGCCAGCAAAUUUGCCAUCACGUUGCCUUUCGUGCCGCAUGACGCAGCAACGGCCGAUACGAGUGCAGUUACUGCUUUUCCGUCGCGACUGCGUAAUAUCGACACGUCUUAUGAAGCUGUGCGAAACGAGCGGGAAAUCGAUAGGUCUGCCUCUCCUGUUGAUCCAGCCACGGUUAAGCAGAUCGGGGCCCAUAACUCGGCUGUUCUCUCCACCCGAAGACAAGCAGCUGCCCCGCCUGUAUACCUACUCCUCCUAACCGUUCUCCCCUUCUUUACAUCCAUAUUCAUCGCCAGUUCACGAUGGUUCGACUUCCGACACCACGGAUUCGAUAUCCUCUUUGGCUUUAUCAUAGGAACGAUCUGCGCAUGGUUUGCAUUCCGAUAUUAUCACAUGCCGAUCCGCGCUGGUGCCGGAUGGGCAUGGGGACCUCGUAGUCAUGACAAGGCAUUCUGGGCGGGCCUAGGAUCGUGGAGCUACGCCACGGAUAAGAAGCACUGGGAGAAACCCGGAGACGAAGUAGAGAGGAUGACGGGCCACCGCGCAGAUGAUAUCGAGUUAGGGAUGCGGUAUCGAACUAAGGUGGAUGCUCCAUCUCAUGCGGAAAGUUCGGGAAAUCCUGCUCAAACAGACGAGAGGAUUUGA